CGCUUUGAACCUAUCUCUAGAGAGAGAGAGGACGAAGAAGAGAUCGUCUCUGUAACUUCACUUGGCAGCGAUCGAAGUGAUAGAUACGAUGGCGAAAUCUGAAACUUCGAAAAAAUUUUGUAAUGGCGUGAGAGAUCGUUGCUCAGUCAGUGAGAACGGAUCCCGUCUAGCUCCGGCUCCUCUGAAGCAGCCGUUCGUGAUCGGUGUUGCCGGAGGAACAGCGUCUGGGAAAACGACUGUUUGCGACAUGAUCAUGUCUCAGCUACAUGAUCAACGCGUCGUGCUUGUGAACCAAGAUUCGUUUUAUCACUCGCUCGGUGAUGAGAGGCUGAAGAAGGUCCAUGAAUAUAACUUCGAUCAUCCAGACGCAUUCAAUACCGAGCUUCUUCUCUCUUGUAUGGAGAAAUUAAGAUGUGGGCAACCAGUUGGCAUCCCAACAUAUGAUUUCAAGAGCCACAAAAGCACAGAAUCAGCGAGUCAGGUUAAUCCCGCCGACGUGAUCAUCUUAGAGGGAAUACUGGUUCUCCACGAUUCCAAAGUCCGUGACCUCAUGAACAUGAAGAUCUUUGUCGAUACAGAUGCUGAUGUGAGGCUUUCAAGAAGAAUACAACGUGAUACAGUUGAAAGAGGAAGAAACAUUCAAAACGUGCUCGAGCAGUAUACCAAAUUCGUGAAACCAAGCUUUGACGAAUUCAUCCAGCCAUCGAUGAAAUACGCUGAUAUAAUCAUCCCUCGAGGAGGCGAUAAUGGUGUGGCUAUAGACCUCAUUGUCCAACACAUCCGAACAAAGCUCGGACAGCAUGAUCUCUGCAAAAUCUACCAAAACCUCUUUGUCAUAUUCUCCACGUUUCAGAUCAGAGGAAUGCACACUCUUGUCCGAGAUGUCAACACGACAAAGCACGAUUUCGUGUUUUACGCUGACAGAUUGAUCCGACUGGUCGUCGAACAUGGCCUUGGACAUCUUCCCUUCACCGAGAAACAGAUCACCACUCCAACAGGGUCAGUAUACACUGGAGUUGAUUUUAGCAAGAGAUUAUGCGGCGUCUCAGUGAUCAGAAGUGGAGAAAGCAUGGAGAAUGCUCUGAGAGCAUGCUGCAAAGGCAUCAAGAUUGGUAAAAUCCUCAUCCAUGGAGAGGGUAACGACGGCCGCCAGGUUCCAAAUCCGCUUUCCCCCUCUGAGAAUAUCUUCUCUUCCACUGCUCUCAUUUCAGUCACACUAUUCCUGCAGCUAAUAUACGAGAAGUUGCCAAAAGACAUUGCCAGCCGUCAUGUCUUCCUCCUUGACCCGGUUCUAGCUUCAGGGAAUUCGGCCAUGAAGGCGAUAUCAAUGCUUCUCAGCAAGGGAGUUCCUGAAUCGAAUAUCAUCUUCCUCAACCUUAUCGCAGCACCUCAAGGGAUUCACACCGUCUGCAAGAGAUUUCCGAUGAUAAAACUGGUGACGUCGGAGAUCGACGAGUCGCUCAACGACGACAUGCACGUGAUUCCCGGCAUGGGGGAAUUUGCCGAUCGUUAUUUCGGCACGUGCAAUAAUCACACCUGCACCCAAACGAGGAGGUAACGGCAUUAAUUAAUUGACCACACGAUUUUUUGCACUAGUCAGGAGGUUUCCUUUUUUACUUAUUUACUUUCAA